AUGUCUCAAAUCACUCAUGACCCUGAAAAUGCUUUCGGGAAUUGGAAUUCUCCUGAUGUAUGCAAAUGGUCAGGUGUACUUUGUGACAAGGAUGGGAAUAGAGUUGUAAACCUUACUUUAAGUGAAAAAUUGCUGCGAGGAACAAUUUCGUCAUCUCUUUCCAAGCUUUCUCACUUGGUGAUUCUUGAUCUGUCCGGGAAUUUCUUUGAAGGUCACAUUCCUGCUGAACUUGGUUUUCUUUCCCAACUUGAAGUGAUCAGCUUAUCAUCCAAUCGUCUUGAAGGAUACAUCCCAAAUGAGUUGAGAUUUCUUCAUCAAUUGGUGAUUCUUGAUCUGUCCGGGAAUUUCUUUGAAGGUCACAUUCCUGCUGAACUUGGUUUUCUUUCCCAACUUGAAGUGAUCAGCUUAUCAUCCAAUCGUCUUGAAGGAUACAUCCCAAAUGAGUUGAGAUUUCUUCAUCAAUUAGUGUAUCUUAAUUUGGGAAGUAACAAGCUAACAGGUGACCUACCAAUGUCACUUUUUUGUAAUGGCACUUCUUCUGUUCAGUAUUUAGACCUCUCCAACAAUUCAUUCACUGGGGAAAUCCAGUUGAACAAUCAAUGUGAGCUUAAAGAGUUGAAAUCUCUCCUUCUUUGGUCAAACCAUCUUGAGGGCGAUUUUCCUCAAGCCCUUUCAAACUCUUCUAAACUAGAAUGUCUCGACAUGGGGUCGAACUCACUGACCGGAGAGUUACCAUCUAAGCUUGUGGGUAAAAUGGUACACUUGAAAAUUCUGCAGUUGUCCUACAACCGGUUCUCGAGUCAUAAUGGUAACACUGACCUCAAACCAUUUUUUGCUUCUUUGGCCAAUUGCUCUAACUUGACAGAACUCAAUUUGGCAGGAAAUCAUCUUGGGGGAGAGUUGCCUUCUAUUAUCGGUACUCUCUCUACUAAACUUGCGAAGAUAAAUCUUGAUGAUAAUCAUAUUCAUGGUCCAAUUCCUCCACCAAUUUCAAAUCUUGUCAAUAUCAAUCUAUUGAUAUUGUCUAAUAAUCUCCUCAAUGGUUCAAUCCCCCCUGAACUUUUUCAACUGGGGACACUGGAGAGACUCCAUCUAUCGAAUAAUUCACUCUCUGGACAUAUUCCCUCGGCUUUUGGCAAUGUUCCCCAUUUAGGCUUCCUCGAUGUGUCAAAAAACAAACUCUGCGGUACAAUCCCUGAUAGCUUUGCUAACCUUUCUCAGCUACGAGGACUCUUGCUUUAUGACAAUCAGCUCUCAGGUACAAUCCCACCAAGCCUAGGACAAUGCAUUAACUUGGAAAUUCUUGACCUUUCUUACAAUAGGAUUUCAGGGACAAUUCCAAGUGACGUUGCCGGUUUGAGUAGUUUGAAACUAUACUUGAACUUAUCAAGCAAUCACCUGCAAGGGCAAAUUCCACUAGAGCUGAAAAAAAUGGACAUGGUUCUAGCCAUUGACCUAUCAUCAAACAACCUCUCGAGCACGAUCCCAUCCCAACUUGGAAGCUGUAUUGCUCUUGAGAACCUCAACCUUUCGAGAAAUAUUUUUGAAGGGCCACUUCCUGAGUCUAUAGGAAACUUGCGGUAUCUCAAAGAAUUUGAUGUGUCCUUCAAUGAAUUAACAGGAGAGAUACCAUAUUCUAUGCAGGCUUCGUCUACUUUGAAGCAACUAAAUUUUUCUUACAAUAGCUUCUCUGGAAACAUAACAAACAAUGGUUCAUUUUCUUCACUAACCGUCAAAUCUUUCCUCGGGAAUAACAGGCUUUGUGGUUCCAUAGAAGGCAUGCGAAAAUGUCACAGAAAACGAACUCACAAUUUAUUAGUUGCAAUUCUCCUUUCAUUACUCAUCACUCCUAUAUUCUGCAUAGCUGGAUAUCCUCUACUACUCGGAUCAAAAUUGAGGAGGAAAUCCACUGUUUUUAAUCUGAAGGGCAUUGAAGAAGAAGAAGAAGAAGAAGCAAUGAGAAAAGAGAUCAAAUACCCAAGAAUUUCUCAUCGACAACUCAUUGAAGCCACAGGAGGAUUUAGUCCCUCAACCCUAAUCGGAUCAGGCAGAUUUGGUCAUGUUUAUAAAGGAGUUCUUCAAGAUAACACCAGAAUAGCUGUGAAAGUUCUGCACUCUCAAGCGGAUGGAGAAAUUUCCGGGAGCUUUAAAAGGGAAUGCCAAAUUUUGAAAAGAACCAGGCACAGAAAUUUGAUCAGGAUCAUAACAAUAUGCAGCAGGCCAGAUUUUAAGGCCAUCGUCCUUCCCCUGAUGCCAAAUGGAAGCCUUGAAAAUCUCCUGUAUCCGAGCCAUGGACAAAAGUGUGAAUUGGAUUUGGUUCAGCUUGUGAGCAUUUGCAGUGAUGUUGCUGAAGGGAUGGCCUAUCUGCAUCACUAUUCACCAAUAAGAGUUGUGCAUUGUGAUCUUAAGCCGAGCAAUAUUCUCCUCGAUGACGAUAUGACAGCUUUGGUCGCUGAUUUUGGCAUCUCAAGAUUGGUAAAAGUUGCUGAUAAGAUUGUUUCAGCCAAUGAUUCUGCAGCUUAUUCCUUAGGCUCUAUGGAUGGUUUGGUUUGUGGUUCAGUUGGUUAUAUUGCUCCCGAAUAUGGAAUGGGAAAGCAGGCAUCACCUCAAGGAGAUGUUUAUAGCCUUGGGGUACUUCUGUUAGAGAUUGUGGCAGGGAGACGCCCAACGGAUAUCCUUUAUAAAGAAGGUCCUAGUCUUCACGAAUGGGUUAAAAGGCAAUACCCAAACAGACUCGAGCCAAUUGUUGAAGAAGCAAUAGAAAGGUGUGCACCAUGCGCCACCAUUCAACAUGACAGCAGCAAGAUAUGGCGUGACGUGAUCUUGGAAUUUAUCGAACUCGGGCUAAUCUGCACACAGUACAAUCCCGCCACUAGACCAACCAUGAUAGACGUAGCUUAUGAAAUCAGUCGUCUGAAGCAGUAUCUUUAUAGUCCUUCAAACCUGCUCAUUGAUUCAGCAUCAAGAAACCAAAAUAAAAUUUUUGCAUCAAGAAUGGCAACAAAAAAAAUUCUGCAGAUAAUUGAUGGGCACUAA